AUGGAUUUUAUCUUUCACGGGAAUAACCUGCGUUGCAACCUGCGACAACGACAACAACGACAACGACAACAACGACAACAACGACAACAACGACAACAACGACAACAACGACGACAACAACGACAACGACAACGACAACGACAACGACAACGACAACGACAACAACGACAACGACAACGACAGCAACGACAACGACAACAACGACAACGACAACAACGACGACGACAAGGACAACGACAACGACAGCAACGACAACGACAACGACAACGACAACAACGACAAGGACAACGACAACGACAACAACGACAAGGACAACGACAACGACAGCAACGACAAGGACAACGACAACGACAGCAACGACAAGGACAACGACAACGACAGCAACGACAACGACAACGACAACGACAACGCCAACGACAACGUGCACCCUGUACAAUAAUUCUCAAUUCUAUUAAAUUC